AUGAGUUCGCGUCCACGUCGCUCAGCAGCCACUAAGGCCAAUGAAGUCAUUUCUGUUCAUGCCAGAUGGGCUGACUCUCCAGAAAGAAGCGAAAGAAGCAUGUCGUCACGACGAUCUGGUCGCGCCUCAGGCGUGUCCGUCUCCCGAGAUGAUGCCUCAUCACCAGGUGGCGAUCGUCAUUUGAGUUUGACUGUCAAACUUCCUUCCAACAAACUACGACAGGCUACACGCGGGGAGCGUGGCUUUGAAGGCGGAGAAAUCGUAUCCGGAAAGCGGAAUCGAGGAGCUAAGAAAAGUUAUGUGGUUGACUCAAGCCCCGACGAAGAUGAGGAAGAGGAAGAGGAGGCAGAGAUUGAGGUGGAGGAAGACGAUGACGAUGAGAUGGAUGUUGAUGCUGAGGGAGAGGAGGAUGCUGAGGGAGACAUCGAUAUGGAUCUAGCCCCCCCAACCAUCACCGUUUCCAAACCAGCCCGGUCUAAGCCAGCACCUCGAGCAUCGGCUGCCAAGGUCAUCCAGGAUGAUGAUGACGACGACGACGACGAGCUUAGUGACCCCGCUGAUAGCGACGCUGGAGACGAGACCAUAGGUUUUGGUGAUGAGACCAUGGCUGACGAUGGUGAUGAGGAUGCUGAAGGUGAGGAGAUCGAGGUCGCAGGCCAAGAAGGAGAUGAGGAUGACGAAGACGAAGAAGAUGAGGAGGAGGAAGAUGAUGAAGGCGACAGAGGCGACGAUGACGACGAAGAUGAUGACGAAGAUGGUAACCCAGACGAGUCUAUCGAUCUCACCAAAAUGACAAAGAGGCAACGAGCUCGAUUUGAAGAUGACAAUGCGCACCAGUACAUGAAGUUGUCAGAUGAGGUACAAGCGAAGAAGGUUUUUACAGCUGAGGAAUUGUCCAUGCGUCGACAGGAGAUGGCCCGGCGACGCCGUAACUUGAGUGAAAAGCGAAAUGAGGAAGUAAAGAUGGAAACGAUCAACAAACUCCUUAAAAAGCAAGCUCCCAAGAUCAACCGCAAGGCCGCAGCUGCUGGCGCAGGCGGUUUAGAAGACUCGAACAAGCCUGAUCCUGUCUUCGUUCGGUGGGUCAGCAACAAAACUGGAGUUCGAGUGGCAGUGACAGAAAAGAUGCUUGACAGCCCGGCCGGUCAGGUUUUCAAGCCUGCAUCUAAAUUGGCACCGGGUAAGAUGGUCCAGGAAGUUGCUUAA